GAUGGCCCGGAAUGGCUGAAAGUUUGGGGCCGCGGGUCCAGGCUCCUCCCCCGGCUUGGGCGCUGCAGGGAAGGGCGCGGAGGCACAAAGCUGGCGGUCGGCGGGAUGCGGUGGGUCACCCGCCCGAGCCCCCAUGGCCUGCACAAGCGAUGCACGACUGCAGCUGGGCCGGGAAGCGCUGCAGGCGGCGCCCACGCUGCUGGUCCCCGCGGUGCUACUGGGCGCCGCACUAGGUCUGGGCCUCGGCCUGUGGCUAGGCUGCCGCGCCAGCCGCCUGCGUGCGCGGCUCCAGAAAGAUGACACUCAUCGUCUGCUCAGGAGUUCAGAGCCCACUGCACAGAGCCUGCCAGAUACUGGCUCCCGGGUCAGGAGGCGCCAGAGAGAAAUGACAACCUCCCGGGAUGAGGAUGCUCCUGAGGAGUGUGAGCCAUCCUUGAGCGGCAACAUCACGGCCUUUGCGCUGAAAGCCAGGGUUGUCUAUCCCAUCAACCAGAAGUUCCGGCCUCUGGCUGAUGGAUCCUCACACCCAUCGCUGCAUGAAAACCUGACCCAGGCUACAGCCAUCCUGCCCCACCAGCCAGCAGAGGCCUCAGCGGCCAGCAGCUUGGGCAGCCUGAGCCAGGCUGGCAAGGAGGACAGCAGCUCCUGCUCCAGCAUGCACUCAGCCUACAGUGACGACAGGCUCCUUCACUGUGCCUUCCUCAGGGUGGGCAGCUUCCCCGAGGUUCUGGCCUGUGAGAGUGCGGACGUUGACCUAUGUGUUUGCAGCCUUCACCUGAAAGACCUGCUUCAUUUGGACACAGCGCUGAGGCAGGAGAGGCACCUGAUGUUCAUUCAGAUUCUUAGGGCAUGCCUCCUGGACCUUUUUCCUAAAAAGAAGCCUGAUGAUGAAUUAUACCAGAAGAUCCUUUCAAAACAAGAGCAUGAUUUGGAGGAGUUAGAAAAGGGACUUCAGGCCAGAUUGGCGAACACAGAAAUGCUGGGCACCGGUGACUCUGGCUACGUCUCCCUGGCAGAUGUGGAGAGGAAGGAGAGAGAGCUCUCGGAGCAACUCAUAGACAAUAUGGGAGCUUUCUGGAAGCAGAUGGAAAGCAUCCAGCCCAUUCUCAUGGACCAGUUUAAAUGUUCCAGCUCCAAGGCACGGCAACUCAUGAUGACUUUGACAGGGCGAAUGAUUGACGCCGAAGGAAUGCUGCGUGAUUCUCAGGACCUGCAGGCCCUGGAUGCCCUUGAGAGAACAAUGGGUCGAGCCCACAUGGCAAGAAUGGUAGAGUUCCUGAGGACCCAGAUCCAGGAGGAGACCAAGUGUCGGCUAGCUGCCAUCUCCCAUGGCCUGGAGCUGCUGACUGUCCAGGGACAACUGUCUGGGAGACAGAAGGAGGAACUUCUGACCCAGCAGCACAAGGCCUUCUGGGAGGAGGCAGAGUGCUUUGGCAGGGAAUUCAUGCAGCGGGGCAAAGACCUGGUCCAGGCCUCUCUGGCUCGUCAGGCGGAGGUGACAUCAGAGCUCACACGAAUCCAAGAAGAAGAGCGGAAAAGUUUCCUGACUGAUUCCCAGCUGACCUCAGACCCGGGGGAGUUCCUCAAGGCUUUACAUGAGGUCCUGGAGAGGCAGCGGCUGACAUGGAGUGACCAGGAGGAGAAGGAGGACAUCAGGGUCACUGAGGCCAUGGCUGCACUCUGUCAAGAACUGUACUGUGGCACCAUGGAAACCUUCCAAAAGUUUGUGGACACUCUGUUCCUGAAGACGCUCCCAGAAGUGAGCCGUCUCCCUGUGGCAGAAUGUGAGGCUCUGCAGCGACAGGUUCAGGAGCAGGCAGCGAGGCAGCUGGGGCAGGUGGACCGAUUUCGCAGACGGCAAUGGGAACUCCUAUGUGACCUCUUGGAACAGGACAGGCGGGUGUGGCUGGAGGAGUGUGUGCUGUCCACGGUGCUGCAGAGGCAGCUGCAGGAUCACCAGGGGAGCAUCAUCCACGAGGUCCUGAGCCGCUUCACUGGCCUCUCUGAAGAGUCCACGCGAGGCAUCCUGCAGGGCCAUGAGCUGCUGCUGUACUCUGCUCUGCGCAGGCUGGCCCUCCGAGGUAUCACCCUCACUGUCCUGGCUCAUAUGAGGCUGUCUGGGAAGAAGAGGCUCCUGCAGGAGCUGCGCGAGCAGCUGGCUCUGGAGCAGGGAGCAUCCCCGUGCCUGGAGGAGCAUCAGUGGCAGCUGCUCAGAGCCCUGGAGGCACGGGUCCUGGAGGAGGUGGCCAGACUGGAAGAUGAGGCACAGCAGACGGGCCUGCGACUCCAGCAGCAGCUGCUUGCAGAGGCUCGGGAAGCAGGGCAGCUGCUACAGUUGCACUCAGAGCGAGCCAUUGGACAGGCAUUGCUGGUUCACGCAAGGAAUAUGGCCAGCAAGGGCCGGAGCAGGGACAAGGAAGACUUCAAGAGGACGCUAGUGGAGACGGUGGUAGAGAGCGUGUAUGUGACCAGCACCAGUGCCAGCCGCCUCGUGCAGGCAUAUUACCAGCGUAUCGGGAAGCUUCUGCAAGUCCAUGAGGAGCAAGUACUGCAGCGUCUGAAGACCCUGCAAGAUGAGAGAGUCAACGCUUACAAGCUGUGGAAAAAACAAGAGUUCAAUGGCCCACCACCAUCAGGGAGCCAGACAGCAUCACCGAGGAGCCAGGCAGCAGACACCCAUGGAGCAACCCAGGCCGUGCAGCAGAGGAUGCUGUCGCAGCAGAAGAAGUUCCUGGCCCAGUUCACCCAGCACCAGCAGGGCCGCCUGAACUCUCAAAAGCAGAAGGCACAAGAGUUCGACCAGCUCGAAGCCCAGCUUGAGACCCAGCUGCAGGAAGCUGAGCAGACCUUUAUCUCAGAGCUGGCAACACUGGCCCGAGUGCCCCUUACUGAUAGCAAGUCCUUCUCCAACAAGCGAGGACUUCCAGAGAAGCCAGUAAGGACCAAAAGAAAGAAGCCCCCACCUCGGGAGAGAGAGGACCUGGGGCCACCCAACAAUGAUCACCGGCCUUGACAGACCAUGCCAAAGGACC